AUGCUGAGGAAUUAAAAGAUUAUUAUAAAGAUGGUGGAAAAUCUGCUCUUGAAGCUUUAGAACAGAUUGAUAAUCCGUCAUUGAAAGCAUUUGUAAAGCUAGAACUUAAUUUUAAAGGCUAGCCUUUGUAAAGUGUAUUGAGGGUAUAAAUUUGGGAUUUGUAUGAGCUACAAAUAAAUGACAUUGGUGUAUGAAGACAUGAUGUGUACUUAUGUGUAGUCUGUAGUCGAAUUUGUUUCUUUGGAGUUACCUCCCUCGUAAUUGUGCGUAUGUAUACAGUAACCAAGGGAUUUAUUUUUUAAAGCACAGGGAUAAUUUUAUGAUCUAUGCCCCGCAUGUUAACCCACUAAACAGUUUUCUAAUAUAUGAAAUUAAUAAAAAUAUAUCAGUAGGAAUGCAUGUUACUGUUUUGUGACGUUUCUGUAGAGAGAAGACAGCACUCUUUUCUUUUGCACAUAAUAACAUUUCCGGUGGCUGUUGAGCAUAAACAAAAAUGUCGGUAAUCACAAGAGUUCCUGAACCCAACCUUUGGGAAUUGAUUUGCAAAGAAUAUGAAUAUCAAAGAGCACCUAUAACUAAUGAUGAUGAAACACAAUCUGUUCACACAGACUAUCAAGACUAUGAUCCAAGUAAACACAAUCCAGUCUUUUAUGGGAAAAUGCAUGAACGUGUUGUAACUGAUAUAGAUGAUAUUGUUGACGUAGAUGUUACUAUUAGUCAUCCUUCAUGUGCAGGGUUUGCUUUUACUGAUAAACCUCCGUGUAAAUCGUCACCCAUCCCUCCACCAUUACCCUCCCCUAAUACAUGUCCACCGAAAGAAUAUUUAGAAUGUUAUAUUUUCCCUGUUUUAUUACCAGCAUUAGCUGAUAUGUUAAAACAAGCUAAGAUAGAAAAAUGUUUUGAGAGAAAAAGAACAAAGUUUAAUGCAUUAGAUUUUAUCACGGAAUGUUUAUACAGAAACAAUAGAAGUAAACCCGAUAGAGAAAAUGUACAGUUAUUAGAUAUACCGUUUGUUAAUCUAUGGUUAAAAGAUCAUCCUAGACCACCAUUACCAUUAUCAUUAUUGUGGACAGAAGAAGAAGCAGGAUUGAUUAUUCAAUCACAUUGGAGAGGAUAUAAGGUUAGAUGUGAUCCAAAAAUCCAAGAAUUACGUCAGUGGCAGAGAGAAUGGAGAGAAGAAAACAGAGGAUAUGAUAAAAAAGUAAAUGAAUUUUGGGAAGAAAAAAUGCCUCACGACCAAAGUUCUGAUAAUGUAGCUACUAAUAACAAUCCUCAACCCAUCAUUGACAGUGUUCCAUCUGCAGAAUUAAACACUCCUCUUCAAACUGACAAUAAUUCUGAAAAUCAACAGUAACAAAACAUCUUAAAUUUUUGAGUAUACUUGAGAGAAAGGAAAUCAUAUAAUUGUAAAAACUAACAGUUUCCUCGAGAAUUUUUUUAUCAACAUUACUUAUGAUUGGACAAAACUGCUCAUUCAGUUAAUUACUUGUCUAAGCUGGCCAUACACAAAGUGAAUCCCACACACUGACUUGAUUACUAUAAAUUUGAAUAGACUUCAUUAUAUUUAUAUUUAUAUGUUUUUUUAUUUAUAAUUAAGUACAUGUACAUAAUAAACAAUGAGAUUAUAGAGUUCUCUGGAGAAUAAUAAACUUCAAGACAAUUCUAUCAGAUUGACAAUGAUUUACCUGUUAUGUUUAAAUAUCUUGAUAUCAGUGAUAAAUCUGAUAUUUGCA